AUGGACCAACAAGAACCACCAGAGUUUAUCCUCGACGUAUUCGCUGACCCGCGCUCGGUUCGUGAGGUAGUCAAAGGGAUACUGCAUACCAUAUUCUUCAACCGAUUCUUCCCUUCCAUCGUCCCACAAACCCGCGAAGUCCUUGACACGACGCUUCCCUAUGUUGACGACGACGAGCUGGAGACUAUGAUAGAUCAACGCGUCGCGGCUCUUGAGCGUCAGAUCGAUGUCCAGCGCUCAUCAGGUGGUGCUAAUAGCGCCAGCACCGGGAGCGGCAACGGUGGGCGUGGUCAGCUCGUUGUUCAGUUUUUCGAGAAACGCCGUCGCAAAGCCUGGCUAUCCCGUGGCGACGAAGAGGUUUGUUGGGAGUGUUGGACCAUCAAAGUGACUGUCGCCGAGCCAAGAACAGAGAGUGAACGUGCUAAAGUUCGACGAGCAAUGGAGCAGACCCUCUCAGCAACAGCGAUGAAGAUUGUCGCAUUCGUUAAUACACACAAAGAUCACAUACCGCCCAUCACAACCCAGGGUACUAACCCUUUCCCCUACAAGAUCAACAUUGACCAAAAAGAGGCGGCAGGUUGGGCAACACGGAUGCGUAUAUACUAA